UUGUAUUGAUUAAGGGCCACUUUCAUAUGAGAAAUCACAUGUGACUUCUGAUCGUGAAUUGAACAAUAUUUGUUUAAAUUUCAUCAUGUAUAAAGUAAUAGUCAGAUUUAAAUCUCCGUUUAACGGUGUGACUAGGAAUCUUUCGGUGUUUAAUUCUCUAUUUUCAAACACAGCUUCUUCAACACCACCGCCAACUCAAGAAGAAGUUGAGUCGCAAGAGCCAAAUGAAUUACAAGUGAAAAUUGAUGGUCUCACUAAGAAAGUGGAAGAAAUCGAUGAUAAAUACAAACGAGCUUUGGCUGAGACAGAAAACAUGAGACUACGAAUGAUGAAACAAAUUGAAGAUGCUAAGAUUUUUGGUAUUCAAGGUUUCUGCAAAGAUUUAUUGGAAGUUGCCGAUGUUUUACAAGUAGCAAUCAAAAGUGUUCCUCGAGAUCAAGUGAAAGACGAGCAUUUCAAGUCUCUUCUAAAUGGAGUUGAAAUGAUGGAAAAAAAUUUACAAACUGUAUUUAGACGUCAUGGACUGAACCAAAUCAACCCACUCGGUGCUAAAUUUGAUCCAAAUGAACAUCAUGCUAUGUUUGAAGCUGUAGAUGAAUCAAAAGAGCCUGGAACUGUAGCUGUAGUCACCCAGAUUGGUUAUAAACUUCAUGGUAGGACAAUUAGACCGGCAAUGGUUGGAGUAGUCAAAUCCACAGAAAAGAAAGACGAUUGAUAUAAAUUCAGCUAUUCAAAGAUGCAUUAGUUAAUUAAUUGAAAGAAAUAUAAAUUGUAUUUACUCGAGUUGGUUAAUUUUUAAUACACAAACUCUAUUCAACUA